GUACGGCACGCGCGUAUCGUCGUGAGAGAGAGUGAAGCUGCAGGCUGGACCCGAAAGAGAUAGCGGCUUCACUGCUAGAACUGAAGUGAAAGCUACCAGCCGUGCGUGCGAGCUGUGAAAAAGUGACCACCUUGUGAAGGUUGUUUUAUUUUUUCUUUGCCGCCAUUGAAGCGCUUUCCGGUCCCGCACUCCGUGCUUCCGGCCGAAACUGGUGCCAUCGGUAGACGUCGGUGCUGUGCUCCAAGUCAUACUGUACCAGUGUGUCCAGAAGGCGUCGCGAAAGGUGGUGUUUGCUGCCUGGAGGAUCGAAGCAGUCGUGUGACAGUGUACCAAAUCACCCGUCUACAGUCCGUAUCCUGUACCCAUUGACCACAUCCACAGCGUGUGUGUUACUUCGUUUUCCAGCAGUGCAUUCGUGCAUCGUUAGUGAGCUAGUGGUGCGAGCAGUGCGAGAAGUGCGUGACGAUAGUGUGUCCGUAGUGUCUGUAAAGUUGAAACUCUCGACCAUACUUCCUCGGCCCUUUUGGAUACGUCACACUGUAUCGUCACAUUCAAGGUGAAAUUAAGUUUCGAUAGUUGAUUGCGACCUCAAGGAAUAACCCAGCAUUAAUUCCCUCGAAGGUUCGACAGACAGAUUACGCAAGACAAACGAACUAUGUCGAGUCAACAGAAGCAUCGGAUUCAGGUUCCCGACGGCCUAAGAGAUGUGCUUCUGGAGUUUUCGAUAGCGUACCUGCUGGAGCAGCCGGGCGAUGUGAUCGAUUACGCGGUAACGUUCUUUACAAAGCUGCAGGAGGACCGCAAAACAACGAUGAUCACGUCAGCCGAGCCAACCUCGCCGGACGAGAGCAUAAUGUCACAUGACGAAGAACCGCUAGUGAAUCGAUAUGCAUCGCGUAGGAAAUCUGUGUUUGCCGAAACGUACGAUCCUGAAAACGAUGACGAAGACGAGGGUGCGCGAGCAAUCUUUCCCAAAACGGACGAACAGCGGGCCCGGUUGUGUGAUUCAGUCAAAAACAUUCUACUUUUCCGAUCGUUGGACAAGGAACAGAUGAAUGAGGUUCUAGAUGCGAUGUUCGAAAAGAUAGUUCAAGCGAAAGACUACAUCAUCAAGCAGGGUGAUGAUGGCGACAACUUUUACGUCAUUGAGUCUGGAAUCUACAACGCGUAUGUGGGUGAAGAUCAAAAGCACAUACACACAUAUGAUAAUAGAGGAAGCUUUGGAGAGUUGGCUUUGCUAUACAAUAUGCCAAGAGCUGCUACUAUUCAAGCAGAAACGGACGGCAAAUUGUGGGCAAUGGAUCGUCAAACAUUCCGAAGGAUUUUGCUAAAGUCUGCUUUCAGGAAACGGAAAAUGUAUGAAGCUCUUCUCGAUGCUGUACCGAUGCUAAAAACACUGCAGAACUAUGAACGGAUGAACUUGGCCGAUGCGCUGAUACCUCAAACAUACGCUAAAGGUGAUCGAAUUAUCAAACAAGGUGACGCUGCCGAUGGCAUGUACUUUAUAGAGGAUGGUAAAGUGUCCAUUCGCAUCCAACAGGAUGCCGGCGAGGUAGAAAUUUCCAAUUUAGAAAAGGGCGGAUACUUCGGCGAGCUUGCGCUGGUAACACAUAGGCCACGAGCUGCAUCCGCAUACGCAGUCGACAAUGUAAAAGUGGCAUUUCUGGAUGUCGACGCGUUCGAACGUCUGCUCGGACCGUGCAUGAAUAUUAUGAAGCGUAACAUCGGAGAUUACGAAACGCAGCUAGUUAAAAUCUUUGGCAGCAAAAACAACAUCACCGACAUCCGAUAAAGCGUUGCUGUUUCAAAAUCAAUAAAAUGGGAAUUCUAAUCAACUAGAAAUAUAUGCUGCAUGAAAUAUUCUACACUCCACGACGAAUAACGAUGAAAAUCAAUCGAGCGGGAUAAACAGCGCCAUAAUUUUAGACGAAACUAUCUUUUGGACUAGAAGGCCACACUCUACGGAUGCAGGUGAAAAUUAUGAUGAGGAAAACUGCAAGUCUUUAUCCUGCUUCACAAACAUUGUAGACACGAGGAGGGUAAGAAUGAUGAUUGAAUAAGAGCCUACCUGCCACUUACUCCAAAUUAAAUCACAUUGCGAGUCGCCAGCAUAGAUAAUGUUACUUGAUACUUGAAACCAAAUUAGUGGCUGCUCGUGAUCGUGAUCGCACAAAAUCAUCGACAGUGCUGAAACGUAAAAAACCAUUGCCAUUGUAACGAAAGCAAGAUUCGUAAACAAGCGAUGUUUCGGGAUUGUAGCGACGAUGAUUAAGCAACAACGCGAUGAACUUGAAGGUAGGAUGAUAAAAUUAGAUUAGAAAUAUUUUUUUGGCUGAUGAAUACACAAACAAAAAGAAAUCUUAAAAGUCAAAUAUUUGAAAAAGUCGCCAUUACCGCCACCGUACAUGCUAUAGAUACAAGUACGCAGAUACAUGAAAAGCAUCAUGGUGAAUGGAGUAAGACACGACCCAAGCUCUUUAGGUGAACGAAUCUGAUGCGCAAGUAAAUUUAAAAUUGUAAACUGAAAUUGUGUAGAGUCUGUUGAACGUGGUGUGAAGUGGCGAUUCGUGUGUGCAUUAAGCUGAUGCUGAAUAUUCAGAUGACGGACACAUUGAUCGAGCAUGAGGGUGGACGUGUAGUGAGUAAGAUACAUCGUAAUUGUGUAUGUAGAAUUUAUGGUAAAACAUGAAAAUAACUUUUCUUACUCAUUAUGUCGUGUUGUUCGAUAUGAUAACCUUAGGGCGAUUAAAUCAUUAAGUAUAUGCUGAGAAGUGUAUUAAAAUUGAGUUAAAAACAAAUAACGAACGCAGCAGACUGUAGUUUAUCCUUUACGGAUAAAUGUUUAGAAAACGUUAACUAAGUUUUUCCGGCCUUUAGUUCAGAAAGUGCGUUGUAUUAUUUUGAAAUGCUAAUUUAUUGGUAUGUGUUUUUUCUCUGUUAUUUAUUAUGCUGCCAAUGAGCAAAAGAGAAGCAAACAUCGUUAUAGUGGUUCAGAACAAGGAUGUUAAUUAUUGGUGAUUGUUAUAUUAGUAUUAUUUUGCAAUGGUUACGACCAAAAAUAAGAAACAGUAGAACGAAAAACAAAAACUCUGGAAUGCCGUUUCAUGCGUGUAAAAAUAAAGAAUUUACGUGACGGAAUAAUUUCAUGAACAUGUUCAUCGAAAAGAAGGAAUGACGUGUCCGGAUCAUCAUGGAUGACGGGAAAUGUUUGGCUGCAUAUAAAUUAUAUUAGAAAAAAAAGCUACGCGAUAGAUGAUCAUCACUUGCACACACACACGUAUCAUACAGCGUCAGAAACGAUCAUAAAAUGCCAUAAACGAAAUGAAAUAGCUAGUAAGCAGUAAACACUUGUAAUAAACAUGAGAAAAACACGUAUCAAGGUGACAAAAAUGUAGAAGAACGCAUAAGGUGGUGCGUAGAUUUGCUUGCAGACACAAUUGAGAUGAUAUCAAGAAUAUAUGGUUUUGUAUUGCAUUAAGGGUAGAUGUUUGCAGCGUGAUGGUGAAAAGAGGGUGGAUAAAAUAUUAAACGAUAUAUAAUGAAAUAGAUAUACACUUCAACCAGGCGUCUAUGGCAAAUAAGAAUGAUACCAACAGAAGAAAUAUGUUGUCAGAUUAGUUUCCCUUCAACGUCUACCGCCGUGCAAACUUCAAAAAUGAAACAUAAUUUUGUGCAUAAUAAGAAUCGGGAAACCCCACUUCGGCAGUUUCUUAAUGCAUGUAUGCUUCCCGCUUAUAGAAAAAAGCGUGCGUGGAAAGGCAACAUGCCGGAAAAGAAACAGUUACUUGAGUUAGGGGUUGUUUUAGUUUAGCGUUACAAUACUUGCUAAACGUACAAAAGAAUGUAACGAUGAAUGAAAGCUCUGAUAUUAGUGUUUUAUGGAUCCCUUGUAAUGGAAUAUUCUCAUGCCCACAUAUACAUAUAUGACGUUUGCUAGAGUAAAAAAAACGUAAAACGAAAGUAAAUUCGUUUCCGCAACAUUCACUACACACUCUAAAGCGUUUUCGAAGAAUCUCUCAUCAGUACACCGGCAACCAAAAUCUAUGUUUUCACCUUAAUGCUGUUUCAAUACACCUUUCUUCACGCUUUGAACGGUUUCAAGUAGCACACAAACACAGCCAACAUCCAGAGAAUCAUAAAAAAAAAAAACAGAUAUAAUCGAGCGGACAGCAGCGACUACUGUGGAAACGGUUCGUCUAAAAGUGUUGCGUUGAAAUUUACAUGUUUUGUUUUAACAUUCAACAUAUCAUGAUAUAGCAUUUGUACGAUGCAUGUUGAUGAGAAGGAUCCACGCAGACCCUUUGUCCCGCAAUUCGUACCAGACGUAUCCAUAACGCCUCCAAAUGGAUCCAUGUGUACGCUAGCCUACACAUUGGUGAUCUUGUGUAUUGACAUCAAUAGUAGUAGUAUCAUUAGUAGCGAUAUAAGAAAACGCUCCAGUGUAGUUUCCGGUGAGGCAAGCGCGGCAAACCGUUGGCUCUUUUUUGCCGAUUGACAAUGGCAAAGGUGUGCAGUCUUAUAGAACAAGAACCAAAUCUAAACUUCCAAAUCGCAGCUUUCCCUUUCGCCGAGGCGGGCUUAUGUGACAUACCCUAACACAAUCGCGUAAAAUAAACGUAAUAAAUGGAUCCAUUUCUAUCACACCCGCGUCUGUAACACUGUCCACAGUACCUCUUGAGAAGCAAAAUCAGCGCUAACAGUAAAAGAUCAAAAGUAUGCAGAGAUGAGAAGAAGUAUACACACCUUUAAAAAGCUUAACGAAAAAAGAUGUUGUGCAAAGAAAGCGUGACGCGAAGAGUAGAUGGCAAAAGUAAACAAAUAAUAAACAAACAAACAAAAAACUCGUUGACAUCUUAAAUGUGCCCUUUUAUCCAAAAGAGAUGAAUAUACAUACACACAAAAAAUGAGAUGAAAUAUCCUUAAUCAUACUUAGUCGCGCACGAGAAGUAAGGCUACAAGACAGGCAAGCAGUUACGCUCACAUAAAUUCGUUGGAUUCCGCGCCAAGGAAUCCUGCUGCAAAACGGCUGAUCAAUCACUGGGAUAGUAUGCAGAGGAAUUACCUGCACAACGAUGCAGAAGGAAAAGUUGACAAGUUAUGCCAGAGGCAUUCGUUAGAGGAAGGUAUUUUCGAACUUCUACACUUCUAGUAUUUUUUUCUGUUAGGUAUAUGAAGAGCUUAUCUAGGGAAAAGAGGAAAAUAAUCAGACGUAUCUUGCAAUGCAGCUGUGCCAGUGCCAGUGACAUUCAAAGAGAAGUGAAAUUCGAGCGUGUCAAGCUCAGUAACGCAGAAAAGCGUACGUGUUUUGCAGAGUGCGAUAACAGUGAACCAGUAAACAUGCUUUUUGUAACAGAUUUAAAACAGUCAACCAUGCAACCAAUGGCGCAAAAUGCGUUCCACAUGAUACACACAGCACAGGUCACAGCAUGGAAUACAACGUACGUACGUUUAUCUACACUUCCGCAUAUUAAUUGAGAAAACAAUUACUUUUACGUUUACGUUUUUUUAUAAAAAAGAUCAGCUUGCAACGUAACCCACAAGAAAGAUUUAAAUGUUUCAUUUUCCUUUUUCCAACCAUGAAAUCAUGCAUCAUUAUGUGGCAUAAUGAAUAUAUUAAACUCUGUAUCAGGCUCGGGCCAACAGUUUUUAUGGCUUACGCAUGCUAAGCGGACAGUCAAGGCGCAAGGCUGGUCGUAUACUAGUUGCUCCAACAUAUAGCGCACUAGGGAAAAUGCUGGCCAUUUUCGUUUUAAGCGUUGUUUAUUUAAUGUUAAUUUUACGGCACAAUGAAAGGUUGGUUCAAGCUACUCUUCGGCUAGCUCCGCUUUGGGUAGAAGGAACCGAUAACACUAAUAGCAGAUUUUGAGGUAAAAGGCGUAUAACAACUAGUGGUUUCUGUAUUGUUUCCUUAUUGAAAUGUUUUCGUUUAUGUUUCACUUUUCUUUAUUUCAUUGUUUUCUAUAAAUUUUACCCUUAGCAAAAUAGAAGCGCUUAAUGAUAUUGUAGGCCAACACACACACACACACACUCACUUGAAACUUAAAUUAUAAUUAAAGAAAGAGAGAAAAAAUGCAAUUACUUAGUUUGAUUCGAUGAAACUCUUGAAUUGAAUGAAAAGUUUAAACUAAUCUUUUCCAUCACUAAAACAAUGAAGUUUCUUUGCAUAUUUAAUUACUAUUGUUGUGCAGUUUAUAUCUUUUCUACUUUCCGGUAAAGAUGAAAAGUGACGUAAAAUUCCAAAUGCUACUAUAAAUGAGCAGCUCUAUGCUUCCUCUGAACACAUGAAUCGGGCGGAUUAGUUAAGAAACACCGAACUGGCUUAAGGAUGUAGGAUAAAUCUAUUUUGAAAACAUAACAACAAAAAGGAAAAAAAAACACAAACAGAAUAUAAAGCAUGUAUCAAGUGUAGUUAACAGUUCGAUUUCGUUGAAUAUUAAACGAUUGAGUUGCUAAUUUUAAAGACAAAAACAAAUCACACAACACAAAUAUGCGUAACAAACAACAAACAAAUGAAAAUGAAGCAAAACAACACAAAAUAACAAAAAAAAAAAAAACAACAUGUUGCUGUCUCGUUAAUGAAGGUGUCGUAUUUAAUGAAAUAAAAGGAAAUAAAAAUGAAAGUAGAAAUAAAUCAUA